UGAAUCAAAGUGCAUACAUAGAUAAAAUCUUGAAAAGGUUCAAGAUGGAAAACUCUAAGAAAGGUUUAGUACCUAUUCAAAGAGGAACUAUAUUGAGCACUUCUCAAUCUCCUAGCUCAAAAGUUGAGCAAGAGAAAAUGAAUGGAAUCCCAUAUGCAUCUGCUAUAGGAUCCAUCAUGUAUGCUAUGAUAUGCACGAGACCGGACGUGUCAUGCGCUUUGAGCAUGACAAGUAGAUACCAGCAAAAUCCAGGAGAUAGUCAUUGGAUGGCUGUCAAGAAUAUAUUGAAAUAUCUUAGAAAUACUAAAGAUAUGUUCUUAAUAUAUGGAUCUGGUGAGGAGGAGCUCGUUGUAAAGGGUUACACGGAUGCGAGUUUCCAAACUGAUCGAGAUGAUUCUCGAUCACAAUCGGGGUACAUCUUCAUUCUAAAUGGAGGAGCUGUUUCUUGGAAAAGCUCGAAGCAAGAUGUGGUUGCAUUGUCCACUACAGAGUCAGAAUACAUCGCCGCCUCUUUGGCAGCACAAGAGGCUGCAUGGUUGAAGAAAUUCAUUGCCGAUCUAGGGGUGUUCCUUCCAUUCAAGAACCCCUAG